AUGCGAGUCUACACCACCGUUGGCGUCGUCGCCGUAGCCAUCGCUGCUGCGCUGACUGAAGCGGCUCAGAUUCCCUUCUCGCUCCAACAAUCUUCUUCCCCACUCGAAGGAGCAGCCAACGUGCUCGAGCAUCCCAACCUCCCGGCACACAGCCUGCGUGUUGUCUCGCCCCCUUCGUCCAUCUGCGACCCGACCGUCAAGUCGUACUCUGGCUAUCUCGACGUCGAUGUCGACCUGCUCUCCAAGCACCACCGCGAAUCUUCGGCCGAAUCCGCCUUCUCUGUUCAGAAGCAUGAGAAGGAUGGCAAGACCAAGGGUGCGAUUGAGCACUUUUACUUUUGGGCUUUCGAAUCGCGCAACGAUCCCAAGACGGACCCUGUCGUGCUGUGGCUCAACGGCGGACCGGGUUGUUCGUCCUUUACGGGUCUGCUGAUGGAGUUGGGCCCCUGCAAUGCCGUCGACCCUGCUUCGCGCGAUGGCAAGCCUGGUGCUGAGAAGAACCCGUGGGCGUGGAACAACAAUGCCACGCUCAUCUUCCUCGACCAACCCGUGGGUGUCGGCUACUCAUACGUCGACUGGGCCAACAAAACUCGCACCGACAAACCCCCUUCGCGUGUCUUUUCCGCCGAGUCGGCAGCAAAGGAUGCCUCGGCCUUCUUGCACCUGCUCGCCAUGCACAUGGGUAAAGAGAUCUUCAAGGGCGAUGGCGACAGCUUUUCGUCGUUCCACAUCGCCGGAGAGAGCUAUGCUGGGCGAUAUAUCCCUUUGCUCGCCAACCAGAUUGUCGAGGACAACAAGAAGAUCGCCAAACACCGCGAGAUUGAUCUCAAGCCUCUCCCGCUCGCCAGUGUGCUGAUCGGCAACGGUAUCACCAGCCCGCAGCACCAGUUCCCCGCAUACGUCGAGUACACCUGCACUGGUGUCUCGGGUGCCGAAAAGCCGCUUCUGCCCAAGAAGACCUGUCGCAGGAUGAGGGAGAGCAUCCCGACCUGCCUGACGCUCGUCGAGAAGUGCAACCGCAAGGACGCGGACGGUAAGACGUACGAUACGCUCGCCUGCCAAGCUGCCAGCAACUACUGCGAAGGCGCUCUCUCGUCGCCUUACGACAAGCUCAAACGCUCCCCCUACGACUGGCAGCACCCGUCCAAGUACGAAGAGGAAGACUGGGUUGCUGCGUUCCUCAACGACAAGGACACGCAGCGCGCGCUUGGUGUCGACGCGAAAGGACCGGGAGACAAGCACGACGGCGUGUUCGUCGGCUGCUCGGACAACGUCUACGCCAACUUCGCAAAGACGGGCGAUGGCUCGCGCGAUUCCACCUGGGCAGUGCGCAGUAUCCUGGAGAACGACGUCCGCGUGCUCACCUACUCGGGGCGUCGCGACUUCAUCUGCAACUACGUCGGCAACCGCGCCUGGUCCGAAGCGCUCGAAUGGUCCGGCAAGGACGAGUACAAUCGCGCGUCUCUGCAGCCGUGGUACCUCGGCCAGCGUAACGAGAUCAAGGGCGGAGAGUUCAAGAACCACGCCAGCUUGACCUACGCCAUCGUCGACGAGGCCGGCCACUUUGUCCCGCACGACAAACCGCAGGCCGCCCUCGCCAUGUUCAACGCCUGGCUCCACGGCCCGCACCCGGGUCGUCUUUGA